AUGGACCCGAACCAUUCUCCAUAUCGGGCACCUUUGGCCACUUCUCGAAACUCGGCCUACGUUCCAAAAUCUCCUACACGCAAACCAAUUCACGCGCGCUCAUCGUCGCUUGAAAAAGAGAACCUUUAUGACGCGUCAUCGACAUCACCAACAACAAAACCAGUAGCACGCCAGCUUCCUCAGGUUCCACCGCCACCGCCACCAAACGACAACAACAUUUUGCAUGCACCUUCAUAUACAUCAUAUCAGUAUGACUAUGAUGAUAGUGCAAACUUUUCCUUUUCCUCACAAGUCACUCCAACUUCUUCGCCGCGUAAGGGAGGUGCAGGAAUGUUUGGUUCAUCAUUCAGUAACACCUCGCCUAGUCGCCUGUCACCUAGCCGUCUUUCACCAUCACGCAGCGUUGCCCAACUUGUUGAGGGUGAAGAUUUGACGCUUUUGCGUAAGUCAGCAAAUCCACAUUUGCGUAAUUUAGCUUAUAGUGCAUCCAAAGAUUCGCUAUUACAUCUUCCUGGCGUUACCGAAGAUCAGGAAGAUGUGACUGGUAUGAUGGGUCGGCUGAGGCUGCAAAAAACAGAAGAUCCAGUGUCUCAUGUUGCGAGCCGCAAUUGGAUGGAUAAUCAACGUAAAUAUAUUCAAGCCUAUGAAUAUCUCUGUCAUAUUGGUGAAGCCAAGGAGUGGAUUGAAGCAUGUAUUGACGACGAAAUUCCAUCAAUCAUCAAGUUAGAGGAAUCUCUUCGUGAUGGUGUCAUUUUAGCAAGGCUCACGCGCCAGUUCGCACCACACCUUGUACGCCGAAUUUUUGAAAACCCAAAGCUACAAUACCGCCACACAGAUAAUAUUAAUUGUUUUUUCAAUUUUCUAGACGAAAUUGGAAUGCCGGAUCUUUUCACAUUUGAACUUACCGAUCUUUAUGAUAAAAAAAACAUUCCCAAAGUCAUUUACUGUGUUCAUGCAUUAGGAUACCUGUUAUCAAAUGAAGGCCUUGCACCACCAAUAGGGAACCUGGUUGGUAAGCUCGAGUUUACCGAAGAAGAAAUCAAAGACACUAGUAAAGGACUGGUUGCUUCUGGUCUUAAACUCCCUAACUUCAGCUCCGUUGGUGCUCAUUUUGAAGCUGAACCUGAACCUGAACCUGAAAUGAGUGAGGAAGAGCAAAUUCUUUACGAACUUACACAAUGCGAAUCCGAUAUUGCUGAACUCCAAGCAAUCAGUCGCGGUGCUCUACUACGCUUAAGCAUUUAUACUGAUAAAUAUAUUUUAUCACACUCUGUUGCUCAACUCACUAAACUUCAGGCUAUUGCAAGAGGUAUUGCUUUACGCAAAAAGUUUCAAGCACGCGCUCGUACUGUAGACAACGCUGGGAAAUCACUAGUCCCAUUGCAAGCCAUUGUUAGAGGAAAUCAAUUAAGAUCCGACCUUGUUCAAUUCCGCAAAGCCCUUGCCAGACAAGAACCUUCUAUCAUUAAACUUCAAUCGGCCAUACGAGCAGCUCCUGCCCGCAAUUUCAGAACUACUGCAACAAUAGACCUCAAAAAAAAUACAGGAGCACCCAUGAUCAAACUCCAGUCCGCAAUUCGUGGUAAACUGUUGCGUCGUAAUGUCAGCCAGUUUCGCCGCGAAAUGUUUUCAACUCCUGCUCUUGAGCCUAUUGUUGGACUACAAGCUCUUGCUCGCGGUAAACUGGCACGCCAUAAUCGUGCCGAGCGUCAAAUGGAGCUUAGAUGGUGUGCCCAGGAUAUGUCAUCUUUUCAGGCUAAGAUUCGAGGUAAAUUGGCGCGGUUGCAAUUAUCUCAGGAACUAAAUAAAAUUCACAACUCUGAACCGUGGGUAUAUGCUUUUCAAGCGUGUGUACGGGGUGCAAUAUUACGGCGUCGCUUUCAUGCUCAUUUUAACGAGGCAUCUUCUCAUAGAAUUAUUCAACUUGCAACUGUUUUGCAAACAGCUGGGCGUGCUCAUCUGGUACGAAAAGCUAUUGAAAACCGCAAGCUAUCCUUGGUCCGGUUUCGCGGUGAGGUCAUUGCACAUCAAUCAAACAUUCGUGGUGCUUUGCUUCGACGCAGUGUUGCCAGUUUUUCACGCGACCUAGAGGCUGAACAAUCCUCAGUCGCGUUUUUCCAAAGCGCUGCCCGUGCAAUGCUUUUGCGCAAGAGUCUAAACAAAUUUAUGAAUAAGCUUGAUACUUUUGCGCCCGCCUUUACCAUGCUGCAAGCUGCAAUUCGUGCACGCGGUGUUCAUUUUCAACAUUGUGAUUUAUCUUUGCGUAUCCAUGACACGGCACCUGAUUCAGUGGAGCUACAAACAAUUAUUCGUGGUAACGCGUCCAGAGCUAAAUUUAAUGCUAUCAAAAGCACUCUUCAGAAAGAAACUCCUCAGAUCAUUGCCAUCCAAUCCAUGUUUCGUGGUGGACUGCUGCGCCAGGAUUUUGCCGAUUUUAUUCGCACAUUAGAUAUACACUCACCCGCAAUCGUACGGUUGCAAUCAAAGUUCCGCGGUAUCAUGACAAGAUUUAAUCACGCCUUACUGCUCGACGAAUUUGACUGCGCCGAAGAUUCCAUUGUCGCUAUGCAAUCAUUAUUGCGUGGAGUCAAUGUUCGCAAAGCUCAUGCAGAGCGUAUCAAACAUUUUCAGAAGAAUCUUGACAAAAUCAUUAAGAUUCAAAGUUUUGUGCGCGCCAAAAAACAAGGUGACUCUUACAAGUCUUUGCUUUCAUCUGCCAACCCACCUUUGGCCACGGUUAAGAACUUUGUGCACCUGCUUAAUGACUCUGAUCUUGAUUUUGAGCAAGAGGUGCAGCUAGAACAGUCGCGAAAGCAAGUCAUGGACGAGAUUCAACAUAAUGAGCAAUUGGAGCAAUUUAUCACUCAACUUGAUGUUAAAAUUGCAUUGUUACUGAAAAACAAAAUCACAAUUGAUGAGGUUGUUCGUCACCGUAAUCGUGGAUACUCUGCUGCAUUGUCUGUGACAACACCAGCAGAUAUGUUCGACCUAAAAGCUCUCAAUAAAUCAUCACGGAAACGCCUGGAACUUUACCAGGGUCUGUUUUACAUUUUGCAGACGCAACCGAUUUACCUUGCUCGUGUGUUCCGCAAGCAGCAGAGCACCGUUGUUUCUGAAAAAGAAGCCAAGGAACUUGAAAGUAUGACUGUGGCAAUGUUUGGCGGUGUGUCUUCGCCUAAACCUCGUGAGGAGUAUUUCUUGCUCAAAUUGAUUGCUCGCAGUAUUAAUGACGAGGUCACAGAAGCCCAAACAAUUAAAUCAGUGCAGCGCGGAAACUUUAUGUGGUGGAAGUUGUUGGCUGCUUUGAACCGCGGCCCUCGUGAGCGUAAAACGCUGCGCCAAUUGCUUUACGCAUCUGUCACAGGUGUUGUUUCGCGUGCUGAUGAUGAACUAGACUUGGAAAGCGAUCCUCUUGUUAUUUAUCGUAAGUCUAUUUCUGAAGAAGAAAUUCGCACAGGCCAGCUAUCACAACGCAAUCCCAAUAUUUCAGUUAAUGAGGCCAUCCAUGAUCCGGAUACAAGAGCAGCGUAUAUUUCCAACAUGCAAAAGCUGAGAGAAUUGACGGGCGACUUUUUAAACACAGUGGCAGAAAAUAUUGACAUGCUACCUUACCAUAUUCGUUAUGCUGCUCGCCAGCUUUACGAUGCAUGCAAGUCUGCCUUCCCAGAAGAAGCAAAGGUCGAAGAUCGCCUGUUGAGUCUAGUUGGUCAUGUCGUGUUCAACCUUUAUCUUAACCCUGCAAUUGUGGCUGCUGAUAAUUACGGUAUUAUUAACGCAGCACUGACGCCCAAUCAAACGCGCAAUCUGACAGAAAUCACAAAAAUGCUGGUGCAGGUGUCAUUGCUGAAACCAUUUUCGAAAGAAGAUGUGUACCUUCAGCCCCUCAAUGAUUUUGUCAAAGAAUCGGCAGUUAAAAUGCGUAUUGUAUUUAAGAAAGUUAUUGCAGUUGAAGAACUUGCGCAGCAUUUCCAGUACUCUGUGUACGACGACUUGACAUCUCACGGCCGCCCAACGCUUUACCUCAAGACCUCAGAUAUUUUUGCGAUUCACUCAAUGGUAUGUCGUGAACUUGACGAUAUGGCACCCGAAACAGAUGACCCACUCCGUGCAGUGAUUGCUGAGCUUGGUGCGCUGCCCAAUGAUGCAAGCGAAAUCCUCAACAUUGCCAAAUUUACCGAAAUCAAGUUGGAACUGAAUCCCUCAUAUUGCCGGAUUGCAGAUCCCGAUGCUGAUGUCAAUGCUUUGUUGGUAGCCACCAAGCGAUGUCUCAUCUAUGUUUUACGAGUACAGUCUGGAAAGAACCUGGUGGAUAUUCUUGUGUCACCGGUCGAGGAUGAGCAUGAGGAGAAGUAUAAAGCGCUGUUGAAGGAAGAAAAUGAGGCUCGUGAGCGCAAGCGCCAAAAGAAGGAAAAGAAUCCAUAUCUUCCACAGCAGGAGGAAGAAGAAGAGGAGCCACUACCUGAUGUAUAUUCGAACGAGGCUGGGCUUGGUGAUCUUGCAGCACUAUCCUACCGCGAACUUAAACGGUUAACCCUUGAACGUGUGCUGGAACUUGAGUCAUUUGGAAAGGUUGAGCGUUCUGAUAACUAUCAAGCCUUGCUUAACUCGAUUGCGGUUGAUAUCAAAUCGAAACGUGACCGAAGAGCAGUUCGAGCACGCGAAAUGGAAGAUGCCAGGCACACACUCGAGGCGCUUUCAGACAAGGAAAAGUACUUGCAGAAGAAGCUUGAAGCGUACAAUGACUAUAUUGAGCAGGCGAUGCUGACAUUGCAAACUAAGAAGGGUUCAAAACGAAGGGCAGUUCUUCCAUUUUCAAAACAGUACUUCCACAUGCGCGACCUGCAAAAGUCUGGACGUGUACCAAAGUUUGGUUCUUACAAGUACUCUGCUGCAACGAUGCUUGAUCGUGGAAUUCUUGUUGAGCUGCGUGGAUACUCAGAGAAGCAGUAUGAUAAGCUGACACUGACAUGGUCGUCUGAUGAUGUGGGUGUAUUCAAGGUUGAAGCUGCAUUUGGAGCUGUGGCAUUGCCUGGAGCUGUUGCAGAGCUAACGUUGGAUGAACUUCUGUCGCAACAGUACAAUAACAGACAGUAUCUGACGCUUUUUGACAAUAUGAUGACGCUCAACACGAACCUUACAUUGCAUUUUAUCUUUAAAAAGUUUUAUGGUGAAGGUCAGUCUAUUUUAAAUUUUUAA